AUGCGGCGAGGUCGUCCAUCGACGGAAUCAGAAUCAGUCGAUAUAGAAGUUAUCAAAUCCCACGCCGCGACUGCUGCUGCGCGAGCAAUGCGGUCGAGCGGAAGUUCAUCCAUCGAAACGAAAGGCUCGUAUGAUCGACUAGGCGGCCCUAGCAAUGUCGCCAUUCCAAUCAGGCGCCAUAAUUCAAGCGUUCAGUCCACAAAUGACGGGAAGUCGGCCGUUGCAGCACAUACCGCGCCUUCUCUGACACCUCGAAAGCGUCGAAAUCCGGAUAAUAACCAUGCUGCUCAACUUCACACCGAGAACCCGGCUGCGUUGCCACCUAUCACAGAGCUCAAGGGACUAGAUGGCCGUGACAUCUCAGUUCCUUCAUCUUAUCGUCGUCUCCGCAAAGCCAAGUCCAUGUUUUCCACAAGACAACGACUGCCGUAUCUGACACAGAACACGCCACCCAUGCCUCAUGGCAGUUCCCCUUGCCCUGACUUCAGUCCUGAGUUCGCCUUGCCCCGAACUUUGAGAAAUUCAACCUCUUUCACUCGGGUUAAGCAUCAAGGGCUCCGUGCCAUUCGACACGCUAAAAGCCAAGAUGUGGCCAUUCAGCUUGCUCGGGAUCAAUACUUCAAAGAAAAUGAAAGCCCAGAGGUACAAAACAGACGCUCCUCGUUCCUGCUGUCUCGUCGCAAGAGAGAGCAGAAGCCAUUCCGCAAAACUUUUCGAGCUCCAAGUGACGGUAGUGGCCCAAAUCCUUCUCCUGCAAGUUUCAACUCAAAGCUCUCCCACGGAAAAUCUCGCGCUCUUUCUUCGUCGAUAAAACAAGGUUUGAGACGUGUCUUUGGCAUGACAAGGCACGCUGAACAGCCUAUUGAACAGUCCACUUGUUCUUUAAAAGAGGCCAAAUCUCAAGAUUUCAUUGAAAAUGUGCCCGACCGAGACGAUGCCAGCUUGGUUAGUUAUUCUGAUGGCUUCAUUGAUGUCGGGAAAUUGCGCCCAUCGCAAUCUAGACAAACUUCUCCAAGCCGUGCUAGCGUUUGCCCCACAGAUUCUCGCUGUACCAGCCGGGCUGCCUCUGUCCUAUCAAACACGGCAACAACACGAAAAACCGGGCAUCGGCAAUCAUUGUCUUUGAUUGAGGAACAGGCUGAUUUGGACCAGGGGCCAUCGGAAACCCCCGCUCAUGGCAAUGAAAAAUGCCAGUCAUCUUCACGGAAGAGAUCCACUGCUCGCAAUGUGAAGGGAUGGUUCAACACUCAAGAUUUGUACACAGCUUUGAUGCAGCAAAUUUCACAGACUGCUACUCAAGACCAGGAGGAGUUUGCGCUGGGUAGAGUACCAGAAUAUCAAGCCGUCCCCGUACGUGUGCCCUCCACUGUUUCCCAUCGCAGUCAGCAUACAGUUCGCUGUGUUUCCAGCGAGGAAACUUCUCCUGAAUCAUUUGCAACCCCACGAGGUGGUUCAGUCUCGCCACAUAAGUACCAACGAUCUGUGAACGUUGUGAGACCUCUCAGGGUUGUUUCUCGGGCUCUCGUUGGGCACGAAAAUAUCCGACCUCGGAGCGCCUAUUCAGCUGGCAAGCCUCCGCACUUUACCUACAUUGUGAGUGGAGAUUCGGAUGAGGAGACAGGUAGUGUGGUCAAGGGGCACUCGAUGUCAAAAUCGGAGUCUCCGACCAGUGUCUACUCGCGAACAACUGGAAGUAAUACUCCGACCAAGGGCGAUGGCAUAUUAGCUGCACUGAAUGCUUGUGAGCCAGGAACAGCGACAAUCUUUGCGUCUGAAAGAACAGCCUGGAGUUCGCCUAGUCAUAUCAAUGGAUCCCGAUGCUCGAUGCCUGUACUACCAAGUGCAGAUUGGCAGCAGUGGAUGAGCUCACAAAUCGAAAGGAUUGAAAAGGCGAGCCCUACAAGAGAGCAUUUUCGGGAGGAUGCCCAGUUCCAGGAUGACGAUGAUGUCUUUACUGAUAUGAUACGACAAACACAUGUUUCAGGCCAAGUAUUGACAUGUCCCCCAUUUAGGGCUGGGGAGGAAUGCGAUAAACCCCAACUCUCGGUUGAUCCCAUGGUUCCUCAGAGUAACUUCUCACGUCCAUUUAGUCGAUCUUCCAGUGCACGGACUGUGCUUUCUGCUAACAGGCUGGAGCUGGAGCAACCGACCGAAGCUCCCGCUAACAAUGAGAUUGAUCCAACUGCCAACCAGUCUCAAGCUGCGCCAUCUUGGUGUGGCAAUAUUGUCGAAUCUCCCGUGUCAAUGUGCAUCAGGAGUAGCAACGUGAUACAGAUUCCCGAGUCACCAACGCCGCCUCAGAGAAACGGCCCCGGGGCUGCGAAACGCGUAUGGGCUCAGGAGCAGCAGUCGCGACGGUACUCUGUUCGGCGGCCGAUAAUGAAUGGGAGGGGCAACUCUGUCCGAUCUCUGCGAUCACAACGAGAUGCCCAAGAUGUGAACAACGAGAAUGCCAAACACGGAGAGAAACACGAUGCAAUGAUGGACGAGUAUCACAAUCUUCAGGACCAUCAAUCGGGAAUGUCCGGCAAACGCAUGGUUGACAUGUUUUUGGAAAGUCGACGUCACAAGAUGGGAAAGGAGCCAGCGGGCGAUGAGAACAAAGCGGCUGGUGGGGCAUUUAUCUGA